AUGCCGUCCAUACAUGUGCUUGCUUGUGUGUUUAUAGCAAUUCUUGUGAAAACACAUGUGACCAGCAUCAUUGGAUUGGGAGUUGGAGCGGGUGCAUUUAUCCUGACUAAAUUUGCUUUGGCCCACCCGGACCUUGUUGAGGGCCUGUGCCUCAUUAAUAUCAACCCCUGUGCUGAAGGCUGGAUGGACUGGGCAGCAUCUAAGCUCACUGGUCUGACUGGUGCCUUGGAUGAUGUUGUGAUUUCACACCUCUUUAGCAAGCUGAUGUUUAGGUCUGGACCUACCCGCCAUCACAUUUCUCACGACAUCAAUCAGACCAACCUGCAUCACUUUAUCAAUUCCUACAACCACCGAAGAGACCUGGACAUUGAACGCCCUGUAGCUGGGAUGCACAAUUAUAUGACCUUAAAAUGUCACUCGUUGCUGGUGGUUGGAGACAGUUCACCUGCUGUGGAUGCUGUGGUUGAAUGUAACACAAGACUGGACCCAACCAAAACCACUCUGCUGAAGAUGUCUGACUGUGGAGGGCUGCCACAGGUGGUUCAGCCGGCAAAGCUUACAGAGGCCUUCAAGUACUUUGUCCAAGGCAUGGGCCACAUGCCUGGAGCCAGCAUGACUCGCCUCAUGCGAUCCCGCACUGGCUCCGCCUCAAGCUACACCUCCAUUGAUUCUAACCGGAGCCGUGCUCACACCGGGGAGGGGAACCGCAGCCGUGCUCACACCCUGGAGAACACCAACAUGAGCCAGGCCGCCAUGGAGUCACCACUCAGCUCGUCCCCUCGCUCGGCCACCAUGGAACAUUCUGGACCACAGUCGGCGGAGGUUUCCUGUUGAAGCCCCCUCUCCUCCCGCCCCCCCCCCCC